CCUUGUCUCCGUCGAGUCAGGUGGUUCGUUGGGGCCGAGGUUUGAGGGCGAGAGAGCGAGGGUUUGCGAAAUCAUACAUAAUCAUCGGUCAAAAUUUGCGGGAGGAAAACCACUAGGAACACAGACGAAGCGGAUGUCAGUUAGUCAUCGGAAGAGUGGCACGGUAGGAAAAUGAUUUGCGAGGCUUGAGGAGUGAUCAGGGUUUGGAAAAUAAAGGGAAGAAAAAACAAAAAAUACAGAAACACGGAGCGGGAGGAGGAAGAGGAAGAGGAAGAGGAAGAAGAAGAAGAGGAGGUGGAGAAGUAAAAGUAUGGACCAGUGGGGGAUGGCGAGAGCUGCUGCGCAGCCGACACAGCAGCAGCAGCAGCAGCAAGUGCAGCAUCAGCAAGCGGCUCACGUCCCGCAGCAAGGGGUCGCCUCACAGUAUUCUUACUCUGCUAGUUCAUAUUCGGGACAGCAAGUAGUUGCUACUGCCUCUGCAGCAAGUGCGGCAUAUGGGCAAUCACAAACGUAUGCCCAGCAAGGUUAUACCCAGCAAGCCUACCAGCAACCAACUGCAACUUCCGCCCAAGUAGGUUAUGCAAACACUGCUACAUAUGGUGCUCCUGCUGCCACAGCUCUGCAGUCGGCCCAGCAGCAACAGGUGGCCUGGUCACAGCAAGCCGCUGCGCAGGGUGCUCAACAGGCUGAUGCUCAACAGGGUGUCUAUGGUCGGACGUCUGCCGGUGUAACAUCGGUGCCUUCUAGCGGUGGAUCAGCAAAUGCAGCCAAUCAGUACGGUGGUCAGUAUGGAGCUGUUUAUGCUGGUCAACAGGGUGCUAGCCAACAGGUUCUAGGGACAAGCGGUCGGUCUACAGAAGACUAUCAACCACAAAGUGUCGGUAACCGCGGCUCAACAGCUUAUGGUGCACCUCAAGAUAGCAGGGCUACCAUAGGCAGCGGAGCUUCUUAUGUGGUUGGAAGCGCGCCUUCCGUAAAUGCAUCUGGUGUGUACGGUGUCACAGAUAACUCAAAAUAUGCCGAAGUAUCCAAGUAUGGCGAGGCUCCCAAAUAUAGCGAUAUUGCAAAAUACGGAGACAAUGCUAAGUAUGUUGGCAGUACUUCAACCGCAGGAUAUGCCGGAAAGGCCAGUGAAUAUGGAGGAGCUACUUCGCCUACGGGUUACAACCAGAAGACGACAUCAGACCAAUUUGCUGCUAGCUAUAACAUGAAAGCUGCUGAUUAUGGGAUGGCAGAAAGAGGUCAUUUUGGACAAGCGCAGAAUGCUUACGGACAAGCUGGGACCCGAGUGGAUGCUGUUCGAGGCUACCAGGAUGCCCAUGCUGUUACCGCUAGUUCUAUUCAGCAAAGACAAAGUCAGCUCCUUCUACAGCAGCAAGCUCUGCAGGCUCAGCAACUGCAAGCUACCAUGGCUAACCGCGGAGAUGCAACCUCGCCCCUGGAGGGUGCUACACGGGCUCAAGGAGAUUAUCUUGGAAGAGGAACUGCUGUACGAACAGGUGGUGUUCAGGAUUACGGUGGCAAUGCAAGGGGAAUGUUAGGUGGAAACUACGGGGCCAAUCGUGCCGAAGCAGAACUGGUAGCGCAAUACGGAGGCGCUGGAGGACGGAGUGUUGCAGCUGAUCCAAGAAUUAGCGCUGGCGGUGGUGCUGGUUAUGGAAGCAACCAACAAGCCUCAGUGUAUGGGGGCAUGAGUGGUGGUCGGGGUCCUGGCGGAGGACAAAUGUAUGGUGGUCACAGUGCACCUGCAAUAGGCUAUGGCGGUGUUCAACUACCUCCAGGGCGUGAUUACAGUGCUGGACGUGGAACCGGUGGAGGGGGUUUCCCUGUGCAGAGAGAAGGAAGCUACGGUGGCGGUCGCUCUGAACGUCCAAGCAUCGGAAGCAGUCGUAACGACGAUCGUCGUGAUCCACGCCCUCCAUUCCGAUCUGGAGGCGGUGAUCGACGCUACGAAGAUGUUAAUCGCCGUAACAGUAGGGAUAAUAUGCCCAGGGAUAGUAUUAGCAGGGACAGUAACAGCAGGGAUAGAGGACGAAGCACCAACAGAAUGCAAGUAAGUGGCGGUAGGGGCCCACCUGGAGGUGGAGGACUCUACGAUCGUGAGGAUCGAGAAAGAGGAAGAGACCGUGAUAGAGACAGGAGGGACGACGAUAGGAAGAGGGAUCGUAGUCCUGGUCUACGGGCUUCUUACGAUCGCAAGAUGUCACCAGCUGGUGACCGGGAUGAUCGGAGUCGUAAAGAGUCACCACGGCGGGAUACCUCCUACAACAGGCACGCAUCCCCUUCGAAGGAGAAAAGGAGGGAGUAUGUUUGCAAGAUUGAGCCGUACAGUUUAGUAGAUUUGGAAAGAGACUACUCAUCCGUUAGCAAGCGGUACUCCAAGCUCUACGUGGUGCCUGAUUUCUCGAAGGUAGUGGCUUGCUGGGUGAACAGGGACGUGGAAUUGCCUAUCAACAAACCAAUCAGCUUUGAGCACGAUGCUGUAGACAUAGAGGAUGAGGGCGAGUCCAAUAAGGAGGCCCCACCAAAUAUCUUCGACAAAGCGAUUCCUUCUUCGGCUUCGGCAAUUACUCCCUCUAUUCCUACUUCGUCUAAGCCGGCGCUGCAAACUACCGUAUGGAACGCAAAGGUCAUGCUGAUGAGUGGACUUAACUAUGAAGCUUAUGCGGAAUUUCUUUCAGACAAAAGCACUGAUGACAAGCCUGCUCAUGUACAUAAUCUACUCAAGUUUGUAGCUCUAAGAAAAGACCGGAGUGCAAUUAUGGCUGCUGGUGGGCGCUGGGACGAGGAACUCGAUGGAGGUGAUCCAACAAAUGGUGACAGUGCUCUAAUAAAAGCUGCUAUCAGAUGUACAAGGGACUCUACGCAACUGGAUCUAAGUGGAUGCAAGAGUUGGAGUCGCAUUGUAGAGGUUCAUUAUGAAAGAUUAGGAGAAGACGGGCUGCCGAGUCAUAAAGAGAUCACAGUGAUGUUUCUUCCAACAAUUAGUGACUGCGUUCCAUCAAUUGAAGCGUGGCAAGCACAGUGGAAAGCUAGGCAACAAGCCAAAAUAGAAUCUGAGUCCUCAGCAAAGAAAAUAAAGGACGCAUCAGAGAAGAAGAUGCCAAAAGAAGGUAAUUCUAACGGUGUUAAAAGUGGAAAGGAAGCAUUGGGGGUGACGGAAGACGUAUCCAUUUCAGAAGGUAAGACAGAUAACGGCGACAAGUCGGAUGAAAUUCAAGCUAAAGCAGAGAAUGAACCUGCGAAGGUCGUAUCUGAAGAAACCAAGGAGGUUCUUAUUGCUCCAGAAGAAAUUCCUGUGCCUGGUCUAGUGCUCACAACUAGACGUUCAAAGUCAUCUAAGAUGCGUUCCAUGACUAUCUCUCUUGAUGGGCUGCUUGAUUAUGACGAAGAGGAUAGAGAAGAGUGUACUUUUGAGCUUUCGUUAUUUGCGGAGGCAUUGCAAGAAUUACUACAGCACAAGAUGGGAAGCCGUAUUUUGUCGAAUUUGGAGGCCAUACGAGAAGGGUGCGUCGAUCGGAGGAAAGAGGAGAAAAAACGUAAAGUUGAGAAUGAGAAAGAAGUGGAAGUAGAAGGUUCAUCUUCACAACGGAAGCGCAGCAAAUUUUCAGAUAAACCAGAUGUUGUGGAGGUGAAAGCUGAGGUUGAUGUGAAUUUUAAUCCAGAUGUAAAGAUGGAUGUAGAGCCUCUCAAGGUCACCGAGAAAGUAGAGGAGAAUGGAACUGGGGGCUUGGAAAUGGAGAAUAUCGAAGUCAAGGUGGAGUCUGAUGCGGUCGACCCCCAAGCUGCUACUCUUGUAAGUGCCGAGAGUGUUGUGAAGACAUUAGAAUUAAAUGGUACCGAUGAUGUCCAAGAAGUUCUCAAGGAUGCGGAAAUGGCACAGUCUGCAGAAACCACUGAAAGACUAGUCGAGGUUGUGCAGGAUGAGAAACUGGAAGAGCGAAAAGUGGAGAAGAAGGUUGUAGUAGACCAAGAGCUUCUACUGGCCUAUCGAUACUUUGACAAGAAUAGAGUAGGGUAUCUUAAGUCCGAUGAUUUACGACGCCUUCUACACAGCCUUGGGAAAUUUCUGUCGCACAGAAACGUUAAGGACAUUGUUGCAUGUGCAGUCACAGAGAGCAGCAAGUCUAGCCGUGACGAUCGUGUUGUCUAUCGCACCUUCACUGAGAAAGAAGUAGAAGUUGAUGUGGAGUCUGUGUGAAGCAUACCAUUUUUGCGCUAGCUUUUGUCCUUACAAAGGAUCUCUUCUUGUCAUAUUUGUGCAGCUGGAGGACCAUCGAUGUUUUAAUUUCUCUUCAAGUAAUUAUUAUGCUUCUCUACUUUAAGGACA